AUGGCGAAGAAAGGCACGACGCAAUCCCCCAAGGCCGGCUCUAAGCCGAGGUCACAAGCCGCGAGCACCAAACCAAAUAAGCAAAAGGGCGACAGGAGAAAGUCCAAGGAGCCCGUUGUCGCGGAGGUCGUCGAGGACGAAGAGUGGGAGGACGAGAGCGACAAAGAGGAGGUCCCCGCAACCAAUGGCAGCAAAACGAACAAGAGGAAAGUUAGGGAGGAGGAAUUGAGCGAAGAAGACAGCGAAGAGAGUGAUAGCGACGACGAAGACGACGAUGGGCAUGGCGGCAUCGACCUAGCCGGGAUAGACGACUCUGAUUCAGAAUCGGAACUCGACUCGGACGGCGGCGCGGACGGGAACGAUGAGGACGAGGAAAUAGACGUCGACGAGCUAUCCGCCGAAGAUGAAGAAGAUGAAGAGCAAAUCGCCGCCGGCACCCGAGUACGCCAAACAAUCAACAACAAGGAGGGCCUCCUCGCGGCGCUUCGGCGCUUCGCCCUCGACACCAACCCCAAAACCGUCCCUUUCGCCUUCCACCAAUCCGUCACCUCCAGCAAGAAGACAGAAGAAUCUAUCCCGUCCGUCGAUGACGACCUCGAGCGCGAGCUCGCCUUCAUGAACCAAUCGCUCGAGGCGGCGCGCCAGGCGCGCGCGCUGCUGCGCAAGGAGGGUGUGCCUUUCACGCGCCCGUCUGAUUUCUUCGCUGAGACGGUGCGCAGCGACGAGACCAUGCAGAAGGUCAAGGCCAAGAUGGUUGAGGAGGCGACGGCGAAGAAGGCCUCGGCUGAGGCCCGCAAGCAGCGCGACCUCAAGAAGUUUGGCAAACAGGUCCAAGUGCAGAAGCAGCAGGAGCGCGCUAAGCAGAAGCGCGAUACCCUCGAGAAGAUUAACCUGCUUAAGCGGAAACGACAAGACGGCGGCUCCUCCGCCCUCGGCGCAACCGAAGCAGACGACCUCUUCGACGUCGCCAUCGACAACGAGCUCCGGUCCGCCGGCAACGGCAGCAACAAAAAGCGCUCCGCCGCCGGCGGCGACAGUCGCGCCCCCAACGCCAAGCGGCAAAAGAAGGACGCCAAGUACGGUUUCGGCGGCAAGAAGCGCCACCUUAAGUCUGGCGAUGCUAUGUCGUCGGGAGAUCUCAGUGGGUUCAAUGCGAAGCGCAUGAAGAGCGGUGGUCGGCCAGGUGGCGCUGGUGGCCCUGGUGGAGGGCCUAAGAAGGGUGGGAAAGCGCCGCGGCCGGGGAAGGCUCGGAGGGCUGCUGCGGGGAGGAGGUAG